AUGGAUUCUGCCAAAGUUCCCGUCAAGUUGGUCAAGGUGACCCGCGUUUUGGGCCGAACUGGUUCUCGCGGUGGUGUCACUCAAGUCCGUGUCGAAUUCAUGGAUGACCAGACUCGUUCGAUUAUCCGUAACGUCAAGGGACCUGUCCGUGAAGACGACAUCCUCUGCCUCCUCGAAUCCGAGCGUGAAGCCCGCCGUCUGCGAUAA